CCUCCACAAAAACACCAGUCAGUCGCGACGGACUUCUCAGCAGACAUGGCCUCAGUCAUCAGCUUCCCAUGUGAAGAGCAGCUCCAGUGUUCAAUCUGCCUGGAUAGGUUCACUGAGCCUGUCUCUACUCCAUGUGGACACAACUACUGCAAGCAUUGUAUCACAGGGUACUGGGACAGCAGCGCCCCGAUACAGUGCCCCCUCUGUAAGAAGAGGUUUCGCAAGCGACCACAGCUUCAGGUCAACACUGAGUUCAGAGAUAUGCUGAAGCAUUUCCACAGAGUGAGUGUGAAUGGGGAUGAUGAAAUAGCCAAACCAGGAGAGGUGCCCUGUGACAUCUGCAUUGAUCUGAAGCUCAAGGCCAAAAAGACGUGCGUGGUGUGUUUGGCCUCGUACUGCCAGCCUCACCUGGAGCCUCAUCAGAGAGUCAAAACCCUUAAGAAGCAUCAGCUGAUCGAACCUGUGUCCAACCUGGAGGACAGGGUGUGUAAGACGCACGACAAGAUGUUGGAGUUCUUCUGUAAUGUAGACCAGAAGUGUGUUUGUGUCAUGUGUUUGAAAGACAACCAUGUAUCACAUUGGGCCGUCCCAUUAGAGCAAGCGUUCAGAGACAAGAAAGGCCAGCUGAACAAUGUGAAGUCAGAGAUACAAAUAAUUGAAAACACCACAUCCAGGAAGAUUCAGCAAAUGAAAUAUUUUGUUGAACGGACUAAGAAAGAGUCAGAGAAAGAGUUAGCACACAUUGCUGAGGAGUUCAAUGCCCUGUUGGUUGCUCUGCAAAGGAGCCAGGCUGAGCUUGUGGAGAGGAUCCAGAAGAAGCAGAAAGCAGCUCAGAAGGAGGUUGAAGAUGCUGUGACUGAGCUAGAGCAAGAAGUCUCUGUGUUGAGGAGGAGAAAAGCCGAGUGUGAUGAACUUUUACAAACAGAGGACAAGCUCAGCUUCCUGCAGAGCUUUUCAUCUCUCUGCAUAUACAAAACUCUGUUCCAGUCCAACAUGCAAAUAGACCUCUCUGACUUCAGUCAGCAGAGUUAUGUGGGGAUGGUGAAAAAUGCAGUUUCUAAGAUGGAAAGUAUUCUCAGCCAUCAGAUGGAGAUGAUAAGACAUGGGGUAAGCUUGAGCGAUGACUGUGCUACGUCUGAAGAAUUUAGGAAGGAUGAUUUUGAUGAAGAGGUGUGGAACCCGCCCAAGGACAAGCUGAUGAUGAUCCAGCAGAAUGAUGCAGUGGAUGUGACUCUGGAUGCCUACACAGCCUAUUACAAACUCAUAGUCUCUGAGGAUGGGAAACAACUAAGGUUUGCUCAAAGCCUUCUUCCAUCAGAUCCUAUCUUUAUUCAGAGAAGAUUUCAGUAUUCACCCUGUAUCAUUGCGACUGAGGGCUUUUCCUCUGGCAGGUUCUACUACGAAGUUCAGGUCAGUGGGACUGGAUGUUGGGUAUUGGGAGUGGUCAAAAAGUCCAUCGGCAAGUUGAUAACAGGUUUCCCCCAACCUGAGCAGGGAGGCUGGACUUUCUUAAAACUCAACACUACAAAUUCCCAGAUCCAUGAGGAAUAUUUUCCUCACACUUGUAGCCAUUCUCCCCUGUCCCUGAAGCAAAGGCCUCAGAAGGUUGGUGUGUUUGUCGAUUACGAGAAGGGCGAGGUCUCCUUCUACGACGUGGAUGCCAGGACUCUGAUCUACUCCUACUCAGAAUGUGCCUUCAUUGAGACUCCGUCAGCACUCAAAUCUUUUCUCUAUUAUAUUGCAGGCAUGUCCUUGAGUAACAGACCAAAGCUCUAUCCUUUUUUUGGUGUCUUCAGUAAUGAAGAAUCAUCUGACACCAUGCUCGUAAUCUCUCCUGUAGCCCAUGCAAUUUAAGAUUACAAAUUACAAAUUUAAAUCAGGAGGAAUGGUAGAAGAUACAGUAGAUCAGUGAUAGAGUUUAUUUACAUUAAUGUUGCAAUACUCACAUAUGACCAGGAGAGGACACCAUUGUUCUGAUCUAUUUCUCAGAGAAGCUAGAGGAAAUAUGGGGACAAUGGAUUACAAGAACAUUAUUUCAUAUCAAAAUCAUUUAAAACAAUGUGAACCAAUUUUUUAUGAAUAUUCUCUUUCUGAGACUUAUGUGAUGGUACUUAAUAUCUUUGUUUUUUAUUCAAACUUGGUCAAAACAGUUGCAAGCUUACAAUCUACCAAAUAAUUUAGGUAGGGCUUUAUGAAAUUGAGUUGUACAUUUUUGAAGGUGUUUUGUAUUGAGUAGACCUUAAUCAAUUGGUUUUACCAUGUUGACAUAGACAGUAAGAACCACUUUUAGGCUGUAUGUCACUGACGGAUUUAUGCUAAUAAUAAAAAAUGUGUUUAUCAGUGUAUUUUUUCUA